AUGGCUACUGGGGCCGGAACCAUGGCUGCUAGGGCCAGGACUGGGGCUGGAACCAUGGCUCUUGGGGCUCGGGCUGCUAGCCUGAACUUGCGACUCCUUCUCUUAGGAGCCUUUUGGAGGCUUCGUGGAUCUCCGAAAGCCAGACGAGUUCCCGAGAACGGCUCCUGGACAGGAGCAGGAUAUGGGGAAGAAGCAGGGGUUGACUCCGGACGGAACACACCCGAGACGUUUGUAACACUUUGUUUUCAUGUGUUCCAUUGUCUCCAUGUGUUCAGGAGAGAUGGGGAGGGGGUGCGAGUGUUCUGGGACCGGCUGAGAGAACCCUCCUUCACCUCCAGGUGGAACCCCUUCGCCACGGACUUCCCAUUCGUCACGUUCACCCACCACCCCGUCAGGACCGUCAGCAACUCUUUCUCUGAUCUCUGCGACAUCCAGAAGUUUCAAGAGCAGCUCAGGGCUGCAGCGCAGAAGGUCCAUGCCGUGAAGCCGGUUCCUGGGAAGGCCAACGGCGUCAUGGUCCUGAACGAGCUCAUCCACAUCGAGACCUACGUGGGCCUCAUGUCUUUCCUGGGGAACCAGAACAAACUGGGAUACUGCAUGGCUCGAGGCAACAUUGGCUUCUAAGCAUUCUUUAUUUAUACAAUAGUUUUGUUGGAGAUACGUUUGUUUAGAGUUUAUUUAAUUGUACAAGGAUGAUUUUUGAUUAUAUUUUUGUGUGUCACAUUGAAGCAUGGUUUCAGGAUGUUCUGUAUACGGUUUGUAAACCCCCCCCCCACUAUUUAUACCAGAGUGUGGUGCGCUCUGCACCGGAUCCCUGCUGCUCUCAAGGCGCUUUGUGUUUGCUCCUCAGUGAUAUGCUAUUCCAACUCGUUCACAAAGGGACCUUUGUUCUGUCUCUGUUAAAAGCUCAUUCCCAUGCCAUUCGGCCCCACAUUUUAUGCUUUAGUUUGAUCAUAUAAAGUGUGUUUUUACAGUGCAUGCAGUGCUUUGUGUGUUGACUGUGUCGCUCUGCCUCUUUUGACAUCACCUGUUCCUCUAUUGAGCCUGUGAUAGACAAGAAAAUAAAGGCAUGUAUAUUUGG